AUGAAUGCAAUUACUACAGGGCAAAUAUUCAGGGGUUCGGGCGCUGUCUCUCCUAUUUUGCAACUACCCAAUGAAAUCCUCACAUUUAUCUUUGGUCACCUUAAUCAAUUGGAUACUGUGCAAGUGCUCUGUGUAAGUAGACAAUUUUACAAGUUAGGGGUGGAAAGAUUGUAUAAUUCAAUCUAUAUCAAUGACGGAGAAUCCAAAUUGUUGGUCUCAUCUCGUCUUCAUACCGGCCUCUAUUUGAAGUACGCUAUUAUUAACGGGUUUGAUCUACUCAAACAAUUAAAGUCAAGCGACAUGAAGCAUUUGAUUAAAAGUAUAACCUGUGAAGAGUAUGAAUCAAACCAGUAUAGAACUUUAGUUAGUUGGUUCCCCGGAACCAAAAUCAUCAAUGAAGGAUGUCACCUAGUUGCAAGCCAGAAUAUCGUGAACCCCCUGCACACCCCAGUACUAUAUCUCAACCGUUACAACUACAUAUUCUUCAACACAAAGUUCCAAGAGUGCAAUUUCUCAAUCAAACAGCUAACUAUAGAUUUUAAAUUGCCAGUGAGUGACAUAUUGGACAUCAUGCCCAUGUUCAAGGGAGUGGAAGUUUUAGAUUUGCGAAAUACCACACUGGCUAAUCUUCUGGAUUUUGAAGAUAGAGGAUUUAGGAACAUCAAGCUCAAGGGAUUAUAUCUACACCUUGCUGGAGGUGGGUUUCUGAAUGAGGCUAGUGCACUGAGAUUAAGUGACUUAUUCAACUUGAGCACAAUUACCUCAUUUGGUCUAACUAAUUGCUACCGAGGUAAUCAAAGUUCGGAAAUGGUGUGGUUGCUUGGGAAAUUGCUGAGUCUUACCAGAUUAUAUCUUGACAUUAAUGUAGAACUUUUGUAUGAUGCAGUUUGCCAAGUAAGACCACAUACAUUGACUAGCUUGUUCAUUCAGGACCGAUCCGACAUAUCAAGCUUGGAGUAUGUGUCCAUGUUGUUUCAGAUCCCUAUGCCAAUUUGGGAAAUGAUAAUCCAGCAUGGAGAAUCCUUAAUUAACUUGGGUUUUCUGUCUCGAUUUAUCUAUCCAAAUCUGAACCUGAUUGUAGAUGUUUUUGAAAGAGUUUAUCUAUCUGACGACGAAUGCACUAGUGUUAUUAAUCUGGAACUUGAGGCCGCAGAAGUGCUUUUCAACGAUGGAUACUUCCCCAGGUUGAAUAUGGUGGUUAUCAAUGAACAUUAUUUUGAAAUUAGCCAUGGAAAUGAAUCUGUUACCAUUGCCUUGUUUGACCGUUCUGAGGGAAACCACAAACUUUUCGCCAAGACCAAACUGAAAUGA